AUUAAAUUUUGCGAACCAAUACAUUAUACAAGGUAAAUUAUUACUCCACACUCUUCUCAACCUCUGGUUAGAUCGAGACCCUUUGAUUAUUUCUAUUUAGGAUAAUAUUAGAAAUUUUGCCAUAUUUUAUUUACAUUUCAUUUUAUUUUAUUUUUAAGUUAGUUUAGUUCAGUGUAGUUUUACAUCAUGGUUUCAAUUAGAAUUCCUGUUUUGUUAGUAUUUAUUGCAUCCCUUGUAUUAGCAGGUUAUUUGGGAUUUGCCAAUGUUCAUUUUGGUCAUGAUAAAUUAAUUCAUUUUAUUACAUUCUUUAUAUUGACUAUAGAGUUUUAUUUUACAUUUGAUACAAAGCAUAAAUCAUUAAAGACAUUAAGAUCAAUAACAUUAAUAGUUUGUACAAUUGGUGGAGGUAUUGGACUGGAAUUUAUUCAAAGUUUAGUAAAUGAAAAUCGAGUAUUUGAUCCAAUAGAUAUUGCAUUUAAUAUAUUAGGUAGUUUAUUAGCGGUAGGUUUAAGUUCAUGGUAUCAAACAUACCUUAUUAAACGAGCUAAAGAGGUUAAAAGAAAUAAUAGAUAUACUCAAAUUGGUCAAACCAUUACAAAUGAAGAAUUAGUUGGUGAUACAGAAGAUGAAGGAUAUGUAUCAAUUCAAAUGCAUGAUACAGGUAAUGUUGAUGAACAAUCUAAUCGUAAGAUAUAAUUUGUAAUAUGACAAAUGCUCCUGCAUAAUGUCGAUGCCUUAGUAAAUAUAACUGAGGCUGGUUGUCCACUUGAUUUAUGAUAAUUUUUUGAUAUUAUAGAUUGUCUUUUAG